UUUGAAUACGAAGGUAUUCGUGAGUCUAUGCAGCGUGCAGUCAAACGAAUACUAUCCACUGAGAUGCAUAGAAUAAUCUAUAUGAUGCGUCAAAUGCGAGAUCAAGUCGCAAGUCUAAGAGACCUUACUCGAAACUAUGAAAGAAGUUUGGCCCAAAAAGAUAGAGUUAUUGAAGAUCUUAUGACCGAUUUUUCCCGAUCAAGAAAAGCUGCAGAAUCGGCCAUUCUAGACAAUCAUAAGAAGCGCGAGGUUUAUUCUCCAAGUAGGUAA